GACAAAACCUCCCCGGUUUGACUGUGCGCGAGCAGAACGUGUGCGGCGGUAAUGGCUGCCAGGGAGAGUGAGGAAGACAACAAAUGAACCCCUGAGAAACGAUUCAAAGUGAGGACUAGGAUGGUAAGCAGCCAGCCGAAAUACGAGCUCAUCCAGGAGGUGGGGCGUGGCAGUUACGGCGUGGUCUAUGAGGCAGUAGUGAAGCGCACAGGGGCCCGGGUGGCAGUGAAGAAGAUCCGCUGCCACUCUCCGGAGAACGUGGAGCUGGCCCUGCGGGAGUUCUGGGCCCUCAGCAGCAUCCAAAGCCAGCAUCCAAACGUUAUCCACCUGGAGGAGUGCAUCCUGCAGCGGGACCAGCUCGCCCAGAGGAUGAACCAUGGUUCUAGCUCCCCGCUCUACCUGGAGCUGGUGGAGACGUCUCUUAAAGGCGAGAUCACAUUUGACCCGUGCUGUGCCUACUAUUUGUGGUUCGUCAUGGACUUCUGCGACGGGGGUGACAUGAACGCCUACCUGCUGUCCCGCAAGCCCAGUCGCAAGACCAACACCAGCUUCAUGCUGCAGCUGGGCAGCGCCCUGGCUUUCCUGCACCGUAACCAGAUCAUACACCGCGACCUCAAACCGGACAACAUCCUCAUCUCCCAGGCCUGCACGCCGACUGGAUCGUCUGAGCCCACCCUCAAAGUGGCAGAUUUUGGCCUGAGCAAGGUCUGCUCCACCUCCGGGCUCAACCCGGAGGAGCCAGCCAGCGUGAACAAGUGCUUCCUGUCCACAGCUUGUGGAACAGACUUCUACAUGGCCCCGGAGGUCUGGGAAGGCCACUACACGGCCAAGGCGGAUAUCUUUGCCCUGGGGGUGAUUAUCUGGGCCAUGGUGGAGCGCAUCACCUUUGUGGAUGUGGAGACUCAGAAGGAGCUGCUGGGGAGCUAUGUGCAGCAGGGCUCAGAGAUUGUACCCUUAGGGGAGGCCCUGUUAGAGAACCCAAAGAUGGAGCUGCUGAUCCCCGCCAGGAAAAAGAGCAUGAACAGCCACAUGAAGCAGCUGAUCAGGGAGAUGCUGUCGGCCAACCCUCAGGAACGGCCCGACGCCUUUGAACUGGAGCUCAGACUGGUCCGUAUUGCCUGCAGAGAGCUGGACUGGGACACGUGAUGGAUGGGCAAAGGCACCACAGACUCAGCCGAUCAAGCACAUAUACACAUCUCAUCAGCUACUGUUAACCUAGGUGGUCACAUAACAGGGGAUUGUUGCUUUUCAACUAGGGAACAAGAACUAGAAUAGUCAUUGUUUGUAUCAUGGCUUACACUUCAUCCACUUUCCAAGCACAUACAGUCCUCUACUAGCUUUGUCUUUAUAAUGAAGAGGAGAGGUGUGACACCCACUGCUGCUGCUGCUCAAAACUGCAGCUUAGUCUCAGGCUAAUCACAUCACGGCUUCCACUUCCUCCUCACAGAAUCACCCGAGCGUGAUGGAAGAGCAGAAUGACCCCAAAAGUCCUGGAGUCUAAUUAGAAGUGAAAGUCAAAGUGACGGCCCAACAGUUUGUCUACAGAUACCGUCUUGGACUCGGUGCUAAUUGUUACCAAAUGCAAUAUGAGACAUGAUCCUGUGAUUUUUACAGUGUGCAUUUAUCCAAAGGGCCAAUGUUAAAACACAGUCACCUCAGUGCGUAGAAUGUUUUGAAGCCGUUCGUGGCUUCAACAGAUCCUGACGCACAAACCGAUUCCUGCCUGGUCCCCACCACCACCAGCAUUAACAUGGACGUCCAGAUUUGAUUCUGUUUUGGCAUCAAAUGCAGAUAUGCCCUGAAUCCUCAGGUAAUAACAACAUACAGCAUGAUGGUAUUUGUAGACAAACAUCUACUAACAGGGUCUGCUUUGCUCUGUAGUCUUAGAGGGUAAAAGUACCAAACUUUGGUGCUUAAAGAUAACAGACUUUUUUUUUUUUUCGUUGGCUGUGUGGGCGGAGGACAUUUCAUAUCAUGAAGUGUCCGGCCUGCAGGUGCUUGUGGUUGGCGUUUUCUUCUUUCAGCCCAUUGCAAACUUCAAGAUAAGCGACUUGGUCCCAGACACACCCCUAACCAGUUCACUAGAAUGUAUAACAUGCAAGGCAGGUCACCUUUAUUUAUGCAGAGCUUUUUAAACACAAAAACACUCACACAGGAAGAGAGCCGAGAGGAUGAAUCUGGUUUUGGCACAACUUGAAUUCAUAUUCAGGCUUUGCUUAUUUUCAUGGUUGUGUCCAUUAUUGCUGUGGAUAUUAAUGACAACAUAGUUGUCACCAAGUUAAUCGACCCCCUCCCCUUAAUUUAUUGUUGCUAUGCCUCUUAAUGUAAAUAUUGUAGUAGGCAUGUGUUAUUUAAUUUGCAGUGACAAUGGUGGCAGAUUUACCACACGAAAUUCAUGGUAAGCUUAGAAACAUUUGGUCCUUUAUUUCAGACAGAAAUAGACAAGAGAAGUUUCUCACUUUUAGCAGGUGACCAUUGAAAUGACAGCAGAGAUUUUGUUAGCUGUACUGAGCUAAUGUUAGCUCACUGAUUAUUUGAUCUGGUAGAAAGCUGACUUGAUCCAAACCCUGUAAAAGACUCUUAAAAAUAUAUUUAGUGGCUUCCUGCAUGAUCAAAUUUUAACUCACUGCUGUGCAGUGAGUUUAAAAGGAAAAAAAAAAAGCUUGUAGGUCUCAGGUAAAAAAAAAAAUCACCAUCCUCAGCUGCUUAGGAUCCACAUGGAAGACAUGUGGAGCCUAUAUAUGCGUGGCCUUUAGAAGUAAGCACCGUGACCACCCACUGCAUUGGUCUGUGCAGCAGGUGGAAGAGAAAACAAAGGUGUUACCCACACUGUGUGUUGUAAACAUCCAUCAGAGGCAACAGGCUGCAUUCCUGGUACAGCAUUAGACUACUAUAAGUAGUCACUACGUGCACUACAUUUCCUCUGUGCAGUGAGGCGUUCUUACCAGUGUUUUUGUGUAAGGUCACUUUUAGUUUCACCUUCAAGUGGUUUAGAUAAUCUGGCUGAAGUGUUGACAUGUUUACAAGCUGUCUGAUGGGGUUUCUUGCCCCACUGGACUUUCUUGUAACAGCUUUACCACACCCUCCCCCCAGAGGGUGAAUACAGUGUUUUCACAGCCCAUAGAAAUAAUAAUGUCCACAACUAUGAAAAUAAAACCCAGGUUGUAAUAAACCAGAAUUAUCCAAUAAUAAUAAUAAGAAGAAGAAAAUCCAAACAACUGAGCACACUACAGUAAAGUAGUCCGGCCUCCUUCCUCACACACCGCAGAUGAAUCUACUUUUGACUGAGCUCCCUAUGUUGCCUAAACAUAUAUUUAACUAUCUGAGGUGUGAGCUGCUUGAAUUAAAGUAGCAGUGAUAUGAAUAUUCAUGUGUGUGUCCAUUCAGACAGGAGACCUGAACGAGCAAAAGGGGGGAGGGAUUUUAGCGAAAGCACUUUUUUUUUUUUUUUUUUUUUUUUUUAAAUUUUGUGAUUUAUAUUUAUUCCUAAUAACUACCUACUGCAUUAUAUGGAGGAGCUCUGUGAGGCUGGAUUGAGCGUGAUAACUGCUCUGGCAUUUGUUUAUCAGGCGAACACAAUGUCAGCCAACAGUCUACUUAUGCAUGCAGUGCCUCUCACCUUCAGGGAAGAAGCGAGAGAAGACACCAGCUCGCACAAUCCUCCAUGAGCCAGAGGAUCUCUUCUUUUUCUUUUCUUUUUCUUUUUUUUUUCCUUUGACACAUAAUACUGUUGUGUUUAACUUGAUCUCCUUUCACUGUGUCACUGCUCCUCGUUUCCUUGGGCUCUGGAUCUUACAGUAAUCCCUUUCUUCAUGCUUCCGACAGGCUAAUUCUAAGCCUAUUAAGUUGUUGCAGCACUUGGCAGAGGAUCAUGCUCGGGACCCCUUUUGCCUUUCAGGUCAUACAUAAUUUGUGCACUUUUGCAAAUUUGACAAAAAAAACCUGUAAAAGCAAACAAUCUUGGCUUCUUCGUUGCUCUCGGUCUGGCAGAAGAUCAAAUUCCUCCCGACUUGUUGCCAAACAUUUAUCUGAUAUAUGGCCUUGAAUUCUCCCCGUAGCUGUAAUAGUUUUAUUUCUUGUCAUGAUGCGAUCGAGAUUUGCCUUAUUUUCAGAAAUUCACUGCUUUCUUUUUGACACUAGAGUGGCCUCAUUGACACUGCACUCAAGCACAAAAUUGGCAGACGUUGUGCUUGAGCUUGCACCACAUUUCACCGACUCUCAGCGAGGUGCUUCGGUAUGAAUAGCAAUACCACAAAUCAGUAUUAAAAUGUCUGUCCCUGCUUACAGGACAUUUACGCUGCUUCGGACAAUGUUGCUUUGCUUGAAGAAUGUGGUAUUUGUGGCUUUCUGUACAUGAGCAGCAAAGUUCGGAAAGUAGGUCACCCAUAUCCUCAGAGCUCAAGCAGAGCAGAGGAUGAUGGGUAGAGUCAUUUCCGGCUAGAUUUCUUUCCUUUUACCCUUUUAGACGGGUGGGGGGGGAGGGGGGCAGACACUUGUUUUCCUGUGAGGUUUGCCAAACAAAUGCUCGGCCUGUGGUAUCAAGAGAUUUCACCCUUUGAUUUGUUGUAUUCAAUUCUUUUUGCACAUGUGUAAAUACUGUAUAGGAUCAACAGGGGAUGAAACAAGGUUGAUGUACAUUUGACUGGAUGUGCUCUGUUUUCAAGAGCCUGACAUGUUUGUAAAUUGCUGUGAUGGAUUCAGAUUUUCUUCAGCUCUUAAGCCAGUUUCAGUUUACUGCAAUCACUGAAAAGAUGUGACAUAUUUACAGGUUAAUACUGUUGGUGUGCUAGUGAUAAUUGUAUGUUUUACAUUGGCCUAUUGUUUGUGAAUUUUUUUUUUUUUUUUUUUUUGUGUAAGCAAAGCUGGUAUACAACUCGGGUCAACUCAGUCGUCCUUUCUGUCUGGUAUUGGACUAUUUGGACAGUCUCCUCUGGAAUUUGAGACAUCAAUCAAAGUUAACCACUUAGAUCUGAUCCAGGACCAUCGUACAGUGGACCACAGUGCAGCUCUGCUGUCCCCUGAGACUUUAACAUUUCAGUGUCUGAGUGGCUCAUAAUAAUCUGUCACAUUAAAAUAAGAACAUGUAGUGACAGUGGGGCAGGACAUGACAGAAAAGUCUCUUCCAUUACAUUUAAUACAAACCAUAUAAUACCAUAAAUGGUGCAGGAUGAUGCGGGAGUACUUGUUUGCUCACCCACUGGAGUGUUGUAUAGGAGUACUGUGCUCAGUGCUGCCACCAGUGGUCAGAAACUAUAUAAAGAAAACCAGCUGUGUCUUAUUUCCUUACUACAAACUAAUGCUACUUUCACAUCACAUGGGGUUUACAGCCUGCGUCAAAGGACAACUCACAACGGUUGUGCGAUUGUAGAGUUGGUUAAAAUUACUGUGCAUCGACAAUUUAACAUUAUCUAUUAAAUCUGAGCUAGUUCAUAUUGAACAAAGGAAUUCGGCUUCCAUGGGCCCCGUGUUUGUAUCAUGAUAAGUCUGACAUGGAUGAGGCAGAAUGUUUGGUGUUCACACUGGAGAAGUAACAAAAUCAAGUAGUGUCAAAAAUAAACUCAGUAUGCAUACAUAACACUUGAUUUUUGAGUGUGCUAUUGAUGAACACUAUGGCCCCACAAUGCACUGCUCAGAGGAAGUGGUGGAGGUGUUCACAGCUGGAAAGCGUUAAAAUAAACUGCCAGAAAUAAAGUAUUGCUGAAUCCUACAGUACUUCAGUAGUAUUAAUGUAGCACAGCUUCUGGCCACUAGUAGCAGCAGUAAACAAAGAAGACAUCUGUGCCAUCUUUCAGUGCUGCCUGUGAUGGAAAAGGUCUUUCUUCCUUAAUCACAUUCCCCUCACCUUACCGGUUGCCUAUCAUGUGCUCAGACACAGAGUUAGUGAGGUAGCAGUGCAGCACCACGAUGCACCCGUAUGAGAGUCCUGGAUCGGGGCGACUCUGAAAUGUCCUGUGUCAGAUGAAGAACACACUCUGAUCUGCUCUGAUCUGAACUCACAGCCAGGCCAAACUUCUGCUCUCACACUUUUGUAUGAACAAUUUCUUGCUCUUAUGUCAUUGUAAGAUAUUUUGAAGAGAUUAAAUGAAGUUUAUCAAAAGUGGUGUG